AUUUUGGUUACGUAACAGAAAACACGCAUGUUCUGUCAAAGGAUUUGUGUUUCUUUCGCAGUCAAUUGCAUCACGCAGCGGUAAUCUCGAUCAAAAAUCGUUCUUUCUUGUGAGAAAACAACCAAACAGCUCCCAAAUCAACCCUCAGCAAUGGCAGACUUCGAUGCCGGCAAAAGUUCCGUUGACCCCGAGCUGCAGGAUUUUCUGAUGGCGGAGAAACAGAAGGCGCAGCUGAGCGCUCAGAUCCACGAGUUUAACGAUAUCUGCUGGGACAAGUGCGUGGACAAGCCGGGAAGCAAACUGGAUAGUCGCACCGAAACCUGUUUGAACAAUUGUGUGGAUCGUUUCAUUGAUACCUCGCUCUUCAUUGCCAAUCGAUUCGCACAGACGCUACAGAAGGGACAACCGGGGAUGUGAGCCGACACUAUCGCGAGCAUGUUUUAGGUUUAAAUUGAUAAGAUAUUUGGUUGUUUCUCAUCAUCUCUGGGAAAUAAAUAAUUGUUAGACGAAAAAUGA